AACAGGGUGAGUUCAUCUUUUUGAUGAGUUUAUCUUUGAAAGAUGGUGGAGAUUUGCAUGAAAGAGCCUAAUCUUUCCCCUUUGUGCUGUGGGUUAUGAGCAGGUUGAAGAGUGUUGGAAUAUUAUGCCAGACUCAGUUUUUGAUGCAGCAGAUUGUCUUUUGUUAUCUUUCAGUUUUCCUUUGGCACUGCAAUCUUCGAGUUGAUAGUCUCAUUCAUCUCCCUCAUCGUUUCACACAGGAGUCUUGUAAUUAUGCUUCUGAGACUGCCUUAGGCCAAGCUGCUUUCCCCAGGAGAUGUUUGCUCUGGUCACAGUGUGCUCUGAGGAAUUUCCAGAUGUUUGAAUUUUUUUGUUUUGUUUCAGACUUCGCUUCGGUGUUCUUUGAUAUCAGCAACGUUUUCUAAGACUGGCAGUUCUUUUUUCCAUCCUGCUUCAAGAUACAUAUUAAUGAAGUUUCUCUACUUUAGAACUCUGCUACUUAUUUGCCAGUGCAGUUUCCCAUUGACCCAGGUGGACCACCAGCAUGCACAGGACUGGCGUCUACUUUUAAUCAUAGGGAAAGAAAUGAGCUGUUUGUGUCUCCUGGGGUCACGGUGCUUUGCCGAGUGUUUGUGAGGCACGGUGCUGCCUGUGUUGCUCCUUUCUCAGCAUUUUGGCGUCAGCCUUCCAGUUGCUAUGGGAGCCAGAGGGAUGGUUUGUCUUUCCUCUCCUCACUUUCUGCUGAGAUUCUCUCAUAGCACGUUUUUAGACUGUGUAAUUUGCAUGUGCAAAUGAUAACCAAUGUCCUAAUCUGUGCACUUUCUUUCAUUUGUUAGGAAAAGUCUGGUCUUUGGCAAAUGCUUUAGGUGUGGCUCUUCAGUCUGCGGUGCUUCUCACAGGAGUUUAUUUGCUUCCAUAAUUAUGUCUGUUAGUUUUAAUAAGGUCCAUUAUCACUUGUUCGUCUAAGACAGGUUUGACAGUAGCCUCUGAGUAGGCUUCAGUUGUCUGUAUUUCAACAUGCAGUGCAGUUGGAGGUGGAAGUUAUCUUGUCCUCAGCCAUCACCCAGCUACCCAGAGAUAGUGCCUGUUGUUGAUCGCCUUGACUGUAUUGAUUAGUGGUGUAAUGCUUCUGUUCAAACACAUGCAGUAGUGCCAUUUCGUUGCCUUUUUACAGUGAGGUUUUUCUGAACCAUCUGCCACGUAAAAUGUCAGAUGUAGAAUUGGUCUUUAGUGAGGACUUUUGCUUUUUUGAAGGUAUCCAUUUGUGAUGUUUUAAGACAUCUCAAAUGGUGCUUUUAAACUGUGGAUGGGCUACUGAUUUUCACACUGUAUUUCCUUUCACCACAUAAACACUUAGCUUAUAUUUGGAAACCUGAAUUACAGCUGUCUUUAUUCCUCACCCGAAUCCUUUGUAUCUUGCUGUACAGCUUUGUCAUAAGGUGCAGUUUACUGUUCUGGUGUGAGAUGCACCACACAUGUGGAUGGCCUUACAGAUCACACAUUUUUUGUCUCGGAUACGUUAGUGGUAGUUGCUUAAGCAAUUUACUAGUUCAAAAACAUUUGAUUGUUCCAUUAUGUAUCAGAAAGCAAAUAAAUAUGUAUUUCAAGUUGUAUGAAUCUUAUCUCAGUUGCAGGAUAAGCCAUUUCUGUUCUAGUCCUCUUGCUAAUACAUGAUAAUUAAUAGCAGUAAAAAUCCUCACCUUUGACCUUUUUGUUUACUGAGAAUGUCUUAGAUUUUAGCCUUUUGAUUCCAUACUUAGUUACCUUAUUUGCCUACUCUGUUUAUGUUUGGAAAUGUUCUUGUCUUUUCAAAAUUAGUAACUAAAAAGAGUUGUUAGAGAAGAAUUAAAUCAGUGACAUGUGAGAUAUUGAUUAACAAGGAGCAGUGGUCUAGGCACUGAUUCAUGCUUUAUGUAGCAUCUAGGAUCAACAUAGCACUGUAGAUUAGGAAAUCAACAUGGUUUCAUUGUGAAAGAAAUAAACAUGCAAGAUGAAACAGAUUCCAGCAUAGUCUUCUCAGUCCUUGUUUUUGGUUUUAAUGUGCUUGUUCUGUGUGGCAAUUAAAGAAAGGUGUGACUGGUGUUUGAAGAAGUGGCUGAAAUUAUUAGUGCAGAUUUUUCAUCUGUUGGACUUCCUUUUUCUUUUUAUUCUUCCCCAAAAUACUUUUCUGCUUCUCCGGGUUUCAGCCAGCAAUGGAACACUCUUCAGAAAACUUCACUGAUCAUAUAUAGAAGUUUGCAAAAGAUAUUCCUCUGCAGAUGAUAAUAUCCUGACAGAAAUAACUUCUGUGUUUUCUGAAAGUGUGAUAGGAUUUCAUGUCCUGACCUGGCGAAACCCCAGAGAUAUCUACAGCUGCUCAUUCUGCCUGCGUCUGCCCAGCCUUCCAGGAUUUGUGUGUGCCACCUUCUGCUGCCCUCAGAAAGCCAAGGAAGCCACUGUUGAGAAAGUACAGCAUUUAGUUGUUCCUCUAAGUGAUACACAAUGGCGCAAGUUAAGAUGCAGACAACAGCAAACCUGUCCGGCCCUCCCAUGUCCCCCAUGGUGCUACCCCUGCCAGUUACAGCCGCAAACACUCUGGGCCUGCCUUCUGCCAUGAACGGAUCCAUUCCGGAGUCGGCUGCCAGCUGCAGCAGCCCCACUGCUGGCCUUGCAGACCCCGCACCCGUCAGCAACCCACCAGCUCCUCUCCAGGAUAACAUGGCAAACCCCAAAGAGAAAACUCCAAUGUGUCUGGUAAAUGAGUUAGCCCGUUUCAAUAGAAUUCAACCCCAGUAUAAGCUUCUGAAUGAAAGAGGGCCUGCUCAUGCCAAGAUGUUCACAGUGCAGCUGACUCUUGGAGAACAGACAUGGGAAGCUGAAGGAAGCAGUAUUAAGAAGGCCCAGCAUGCUGCUGCUAGCAAAGCUUUGAAUGAAACUACUCUUCCCAAGCCAACUCCUAGACCGCCCAAAAAUAAUGUGAACAAUAAUCCAGGCAGUAUAACUCCAACAGUGGAGCUGAAUGGUUUGGCUAUGAAGAGAGGAGAGCCUGCCAUCUACAGGCCAUUAGAUCCAAAGCCAAUCCCCAAUUAUAGAGCAAAUUAUAAUUUUCGGGGCAUGUACAAUCAGAGGUAUCACUGCCCAGUGCCUAAAAUUUUCUAUGUCCAGUUAACUGUUGGCAACAGUGAGUUUUUUGGUGAAGGAAAGACUCGCCAAGCUGCUAGACAUAAUGCUGCAAUGAAGGCCCUACAAGCUCUCCAGAAUGAGCCUAUUCCAGAAAAAUUACCUCAGAAUGGAGAAACAGGAAAAGAAACAGAAGAAGACAAAGAUGCAAACAAGUCUGAGAUCAGUGUUGUGUUUGAAAUUGCUUUGAAGCGCAAUAUACCUGUCAGUUUUGAGGUGAUAAAAGAAAGUGGACCUCCUCACAUGAAGAGCUUUGUCACACGAGUUACAGUAGGAGAAUUCACUGCAGAAGGAGAAGGGAACAGUAAGAAGCUCUCAAAGAAACGUGCUGCAAUGUCUGUCCUUCAAGAGCUGAAGAAGCUUCCUCCUCUUCCUGUGAUUGAAAAGCCAAAACUGUACUUCAAAAAACGUCCAAAAACAAUAUUGAAGACUGGACCUGAAUAUGGUCAAGGAAUGAAUCCUAUCAGUCGUCUGGCUCAGAUCCAACAGGCCAAAAAGGAGAAGGAGCCAGAGUAUGUGCUUCUUUCUGAGAGAGGGAUGCCUCGCCGUCGAGAGUUUGUUAUGCAGGUAAAAGUAGGUAAUGAGAUUACUACUGGAACAGGCCCAAACAAGAAGAUAGCUAAAAGAAAUGCAGCAGAAGCAAUGUUGCUACAGCUGGGUUACAAAGCCUCUACUCCUCUUCAAGACCAGACAGAAAAGCUUGGAGAAAACAAGAGUUGGAACGGACAGAAUGUUGGGUUUACUGAGCCAACAAGUAGCACACCAAAGGGAAUACUCCAUCUCUCUCCUGAUGUUUAUCAAGAGAUGGAAGCAAGCCGCAACAAAUCAGCCCCUGGUACCACUGUAAGCUAUUUGUCACCCAAAGAAAUGAGCCAGACUUCUAGCUCUUUCUUCAGCAUAUCUCCUACAACAAAUAGCACAGCUACAAUUGCCAGGGAACUUCUCAUGAAUGGAACGUCCCCGACUGCCGAAGCCAUAGGUCUAAAAGGAAUAUCUCCUGCUUCCCCCUGUUCUGCAGUGCAGCCUUCAAAACAGCUGGAGUAUUUGGCAAGGAUUCAAGGCUUUCAGGUACACUACAAUGAUAGACAAAAUGGCAAAGAGUGUAUGACCUGUUUGACACUGUCUCCUGUGCAGAUGACUUUCCAAGGUAUCGGAAGCUCCAUUGAAGCCAGCCAUGACCAGGCAGCAUUAAGUGCCUUGAAACAGUUUUCAGAACAAGGACUGGAUCCAGUGGAAGGGGCUAUGAAAGUUGAGAAUGGAUCACUUGAAAAACAAGUCAAGCAUCUGGGAGAGAAAGCAGACAAUAAACAGACUAACUCAGGCACCAUUGCUCAGGACUGCAAGGAUUCAAAGGCUGUCGUCUAGGAGCUUCCCAGCACCCACGGCUGCCACUGCAUCCUUAUAAACCUGUCAACACGCAAUAGGGUGUAUGUGUACAAGGAAAUGAAUGACUAAUACCAUUAUUUGAGUCUUAUGUGAAGACAACACUAUUCUAACACAAGAGAUAGUAUACAUGGUACUGUUUAUUCAACUGUGGAAAAAAACAAAAUUGAACAUUUCCCUUAGAACUCGAGAUCAGAGCAUAACUCAAUUGCCCAGAGGCAGAAGAAAUCUGAUCAUGUUACUGGAGGUUAAAACAACAACUAAUUAACAGAAGUGUUAGAAAAAGAAAAAAAGAAAAAAAAAAUUGAUUAAUAGUGAGGAAAUCCAGUCAGCAUUGUUUCAGUUAUACAAUUUUUCGUAGUGUAGUUUUAAGUUCAGCUUACUGUUUUUUAAAUAAUGCUUGAAUAUUUUAAAAUUAACCAAUGACAGUGCUGUGAGAAUUGUAGUUGUUGUCUUCAUAUAUAGUCAUACAGCUUAUCUUUUUAUGCAGACAUUAUGCAUUCUUCAUUCUAUAUGAAUAUGUAUGACUUUAAGAUGCACUACUCGGAGUUGUAUGCAAACAGAAGUUUAAAUCAUGACAAGUAUUUGCUUAACAUGAACAGAUGUUAGUUAUGAUCAGUCUCAAUAUACUCCAGGAAAAAGCAAAUAUGGUAUUUGAUUUUCCUUGCCAUUAUCAAUUAAAGAGGCGUCUUGCCUCCAGGCGACAUGUUCCCCUUCAGUUCUGCUCUCUGUUGUGUGAAGCACAUCUACACCCCAUCUGUGUGUUGUAUCAGCCCACCGUUUGCAUCAACUGAGUGUUUUUAAUCUCUGCAUUCUGACCAACAGCAAAAGGUAGGAUUGCAACCUUAUCAAGCCAAGGUAGGAAAACUGUUUAUGUGGAGAUUAUUCUUUUGUGAAGGGAGCAGCAGCAGAGAUGAGACCUGUGGCUGCGCUCUGUACCAGCAUAUCCCAUUUCGGUGUGUGGCCAAAUGCAGUAAAACCACAUCAG